UAGAGCUCGCCUCAAUCAGCGUUGUGUUUGUUUACAAAUUUAGCCGGUCAGUGUGUAUUACGAAGCCCACUAGCCAGUGAAACAGGAAACCAUGUCCGCCGUAAAAGAUCAAUCAGAACACCAAAACCAUGCCCAAAACAUAAUUGUAAUCCAUCCCGGCUCGCACUACCUGCGCAUCGGGCGUGCAUCGGACGUGAAUCCGGUGAGAAUUUUGCACGCGAUCGCACGACGCCGCAAACCGGGUGGAGAAACGCACCGGGACGGUUUGCUACCGCCAGUGGUGGAGAAAACGAAACAAUUGCUGCAGGAGCUGGAAGAUGGCCGGUUACAGAUAACGCACACCCUGCAGUCCUGCGUGCAAUCGAACGGACAGCGUCGGUAUGCUACACCGCCCCAGCAGAUUGCCGCCUUCAAUCGACGCUCCCAGCCGGAAGUGUUACCGGACGGUCAAACCGACUGGUACGAUAAGGACGGACGGGAUGUGGUGAUAGGAGAGGACGUACUGCAGCUCAAUCCCACCGGAGAGUACAAUGUGCACUUUCCGAUUCGACGCGGUGAGCUGAAUCUGCACGCCGGUGUCGGUGGAUCACUGUUUGCGGUCAUGUCGGAUCUGCAGAGUAUAUGGGAGCACGUGCUGCAUACGCGGCUCGAGAUCAAGCCGAGCGAUAUGAAACACUACCGGGCGGUGCUGGUAAUUCCGGACAUUUACAACCGUGCUCACCUGCGAGAGUACGUGACGCUGUUGUUGAAUCAGAUAGGGUUCGGGUGCUGCUUUCUGGUGCAGGAUCACGUAGCGGCCACCUUCGGUGCGGGGCUCGGUUACGCCUGCGUUGUCGAUGUUGGGGACGGAAAGACGUCCGUGUCGUGCGUGGAGGAUGGCAUUUCGCAUCCCAACACUCGCGUCCGGUUCGACUAUGGUGGAGCGGACGUAACGCAAGUGUUUUACUGGUUGCUGCAGAAGUGUGCCUUCCCUUACCGGGAGUGCAACGAGCAAAUGCCACUGGAUGGUGUGUUGUUGCGUCGCCUGAAGGAAGACUUUGGGCAUGUCAAUCUGGACGUGUGCGGUUCGGUGGAGAAAUCGUUCACGGUUCAGCAUCCGGCAACGCCGAAGCGUCAGUACACGCUGCAAGUAGGCGAUGAGGCGAUGGUUGCUCCGUUAAGCAUUUUCUACACCGAGCUGCUCGCAAUAACGGGCGCAAAUCGGACCGCGCCGAAGACACAGAACAGAUGCUCAUCGCAACCUCAUCCGGAAGAUUGUUUCGAUGCGGAAUAUAUCAGAGAAACGGGGCGUCGCAAUAAAGACAAUCUGGAACAAUCGGCGAUCGAUAGUGGAGCGCUGGCAAACACGGACGCGCCCGAUGAGGAUCUCGUGGUGGAUGGGUUGGAGCAGGAGCGGGAAGCAAAAUCCAAUGAUCGAGAUUAUCUGCUACCCAGUGGACAGCUGGUCGGGCUAGAUCAAGCGGUUAUUCAAAGUAUCGAGCGAUGUCCCACCGACGAACUGAAGCGUAAAAUGUACAGUUGCAUUCUAAUCGUUGGCGGAGGAAUUAAAUUCGCUGGCAUCGCCAGCUGGCUGCAGAGUCAGCUGGCACGUAAAAUUCCCGCUGCCUAUCGGUCGGAGCAGAGUAUUGUGUCGAGCCCGAAGGAUAUGGAUCCGGAGAUUACGAGCUGGAAGGGUGCUGCGGUAAUGUCGUGUCUGGAAAGUGUCGUCGAGCUGUGGCUAACGGAACCCGAAUGGACGCGGUAUGGUUUGCGUAUUUUGCGCGAGAAAGCCGUUUUCAUGUGGUAGGGGUGGUUGGAGAUGGUGCUUUUAUACAGUGAAAUACUACAACGAAACAAGAUUUGUAAUUGUAAAUUUUUAGUUAUAUAAAUUCAAUAAUAUGGUCGUUCGAUAAUUCUCAAUGGA